AUGACUUCGCCCUCACGGAUACCUGCGCCUCGCCGCAGUACAGGAGGGCCUCAGCUCUCGCCUGCACACUGCUCCGCUCCUCCGAGUACACCAAACAAGGAACAAUACGCCGCACAAGAAGACCCUUCGCGAAGGAUAUUUACUGAGGCCGUCAACGGCUGUGUCAGCCCCUCGAAGCUCCCCUCGACAGCUAUCAGCUUCCCCUACAAGACCAAGAAGGACACUGCCUUGCCCGCUGGGGUCCCACAACGACCUCCAUUCACUCCAAGAGUCGCUUCCGAACCUGACACUGAAAACCAACCGACUCAUGACCCUGCCCUCACGCACGCUCGCCGGCAGUCGAUCCCCAAGUCUCCCAGGAAGGUCUUCCAUUUCUCCACGCAUCGCCAAGCUCCGCAGACAGACUCGUCGCCUACCGAGCCAGCACCGCUCGUAUCGCUCGUCCCUUCCGUCCACCUCAACGACGCACCCUCUGCCGUGUCAACAGGGCCAGCCAGCUGCGUCCGUAACUCCGCGUCAGUCUGCAUCCCUUCUCCGGGGUUAACGGGCCCGUGCCUCCUCGCACCUACGCCAUCGUUCGUCGCUGUCCACGCUGGCGACGGGGCGGUUACUCUCCUCGGCGGUGCGAAUCCGGACCUGCAUACUGCGAAGGAGAGGAAGGGAAGAAAGGGGUGGCUGAGAGCUGCGGCGCAUUCGAGCGCGGCGCCGGCAAAGGAAUCACUGAUGCUCGCGACGCCGUCGUUCAUCGCGCUUGGGAACUCAAACUCGAUGGCUAGCUUCGCGUCCAAGUAUUCGAUCUGGCAUGGUCGUCGUGGUCAGGACGCGAGGAAGGCAGGCACGAGCAAGGGUGGCGAAUCUGGUGUGGCUGCUAGGGUCCUGUCGAGUUCUCGGGAGGCGGCUGUGAUCGAUGAUCCUAGACUUGAAACUCAUGAAGGAGACGUCUUCAACCCCGUCAUCAAGGUCGUCCCUCAAGAGCCAGAGGAAGAGGAUUGCGUCGUCGGGUUGCCGAAGGAUAUGCUUGAUACUCUCAAAGAACUGGAAGCGGUCGCCGAACUGAUCAAAGAUCUUCCUGUGCCAGCCUCGCCGCAACGCCCUGUUCCCGCGUCAUCGAUCGAGAUGCAGCCUUUGCAGGACACCGGGAAAUCCCACACGGUCCAGGACAUCGCGGUGCCGAAUGCCAGCCCCCAUAGCGAACAACGGGAUCCUCAAGCGAGUGACGAUGCCGCCAACAAAUUGCAGUUGAUGUCCAAGGCAACUCCUGCUGCAUCACCGACGAAGCUGCCGCGCGUCGCCCGCAUGCCUCUGGGACGCGCCGUCUCUUCACCCCUCACUCCGGCGAGGUCUCAAAUCCCAGCUGCUCCUCGAAGGGCCUUCAGCGAUCCAAGCUGCACCCCGAAGACAUUGGCGGCUUCUCGUCUACCGUCUGCCAGUGCUACUCCUACCACGCCCAAGACCUCUACGAGACCGACCAUGAGGACUCCUGGCGUUUCUGGAACCAGGUCUAUUGCCGCUGUUAAGCCGAACGUCCCGAACGCGUCUAUUGAGAAGUCCCCUGCUCGCGCCGCUCCGAAGGCUCUAGCUCUUCCUACACCGGUACAGACGCCUAGGACAUCCGGCGUCGCACAUGGGCCUUCGAAGCUGAGAACUGUCUUCAAGCCACGCGUCUCCGAGCCUGUUCGGCCUGUCACGUCUUCUCUCAGGAAGGUAUCCCCCGCGAUCCCUGUCUCGAGGAUUGCACGGAAGGCGCGGCACUCUGAGGUGGCUCCUCGUACUACCAGCUGA